GCAAAUUUUCUGGGACUGGUAGCUGCAGGCAGCCUGUGUUGUUGACUGGAAGUCGAUUUUCAUCUUUCAGACACUAGUUAGAAUGGGCUGUGUGUUCUGGAAGGGGGUGGAAGUGGGUAGGGAGGAGGAGAUGCUGUGAGCAGAGUUCUUGAAGCUCCACUCCUCAGGGGAAGUCGAGCGGUGAGGGAGCCUUCUGACUGAGACGAGAGCGUGUGAAUUGGAAAGGAUCCUGAUAGCUGGCUAGUCCCAGCUCCUCUCCGGAAAAGCAGUUGCUCUCGCUUCAGAAAUGCGCCCAGCCUUCGCCUGCAUCACACUGCAUGCUUUGAUACAUUAUUGAAACUACAAUCUCACAUCCACAGUGGUUUCAUGUUGACAGAUUGCAUAUUCUAAAGCUCGAUAUAUUUUAUCAUGAAAGAUGUCUGGUGGAAACUUUGAAGCAUAGAAUUCUGCCAAACACCUGAAUAAAGAAUUUCUCACCUGGUAUGUAAGAGCCCUCAUCACCACAAUGACAAACCAGGAAAAGUGGGCCCACCUCAGCCCCUCAGAAUUUUCUCAACUUCAGAAAUAUGCUGAGUAUUCUACAAAGAAAUUAAAGGAUGUUCUUGAAGAAUUCCAUGGUAAUGGUGUGCUUGCAAAGUAUAAUCCUGAAGGGACAAUAGAUUUUGAAGGUUUCAAGCUAUUUAUGAAGACAUUCCUGGAAGCUGAGCUUCCCGAUGAUUUCACAGCACACCUCUUCAUGUCAUUUAGCAACAAGUUUCCUCAUUCUAGUCCAAUGGUAAAAAGUAAGCCUGCUCUCCUUUCGGGUGGUCUGAGAAUGAAUAAAGGUGCCAUCACCCCUCCCCGUACUUCUCCUUCAAAUACUUCUUCCCCAGAAGUGAUCCAUCUGAAGGACAUUGUCUGUUACCUGUCUCUCCUUGAAAGAGGAAGACCUGAGGAUAAACUUGAAUUUAUGUUUCGCCUGUAUGACACAGAUGGGAAUGGCUUCCUGGACAGCUCGGAGCUAGAAAAUAUCAUCAGUCAGAUGAUGCAUGUUGCAGAGUACCUUGAAUGGGAUGUCACUGAACUUAAUCCAAUCCUCCAUGAAAUGAUGGAAGAAAUUGACUAUGAUCACGAUGGAACGGUUUCUCUGGAGGAAUGGAUCCAAGGAGGAAUGACAACAAUUCCACUUCUUGUUCUCCUAGGCUUGGAAAAUAACGUGAAAGAUGACGGACAGCAUGUGUGGCGACUCAAGCACUUUAACAAACCUGCCUAUUGCAAUCUUUGCCUGAACAUGCUGAUUGGUGUGGGGAAGCAGGGUCUCUGCUGUUCCUUCUGCAAGUACACAGUCCAUGAGCGCUGUGUAGCGAGGGCGCCUCCUUCUUGCAUCAAGACCUAUGUGAAGUCCAAGAAGAACACUGAUGUCAUGCACCAUUACUGGGUUGAAGGCAACUGCCCAACCAAGUGUGAUAAGUGCCACAAAACUGUUAAAUGUUACCAGGGCCUGACAGGACUGCAUUGUGUUUGGUGUCAGAUCACACUGCAUAAUAAAUGUGCUUCUCAUCUAAAGCCUGAAUGUGACUGUGGACCUUUGAAGGAUCAUAUUUUACCACCCACAACAAUCUGUCCCGUGGUACUGGAAAGACAGGCAACAGUGAAAAAGGAAAAAAGUGCUUCCCAGCAGCCCAACAAAGUGACUGACAAGAACAAAAUGCAAAGAGCCAACUCUGUUACUGUGGAAGGACAAGGCCUGCAGAUCACUCCUGUUCCUGGUACUCAUCCGCUUUUAGUUUUUGUAAACCCCAAAAGUGGUGGGAAGCAAGGAGACCGAAUUUACAGAAAAUUCCAAUAUCUACUAAAUCCUCGUCAGGUUUACAGUCUUGCUGGAAAUGGACCAAUGCCAGGGUUAAACUUUUUCCGUGAUGUUUCUGACUUCAGAGUGUUAGCCUGCGGUGGAGAUGGAACCGUGGGGUGGAUUUUGGAUUGCAUAGAAAAGGCUAACGUAGUCAAGCAUCCUCCAGUUGCCAUUCUGCCUCUUGGGACUGGUAACGAUCUAGCAAGAUGCCUGCGAUGGGGAGGAGGUUAUGAAGGUGAGAAUUUGAUGAAAAUCCUAAAAGACAUUGAAAACAGCACAGAAAUCAUGUUGGACAGGUGGAAGUUUGAAGUCAUACCUAAUGACAAAGAUGAGAAAGGAGACCCAGUGCCUUACAGUAUCAUCAAUAAUUACUUUUCCAUUGGCGUGGAUGCCUCCAUUGCACACAGAUUCCACAUCAUGAGAGAAAAACAUCCAGAGAAAUUCAAUAGUAGAAUGAAGAACAAAUUUUGGUAUUUUGAGUUUGGCACAUCUGAAACCUUCUCAGCCACCUGCAAGAAACUACAUGAAUCUGUAGAAAUAGAAUGUGAUGGAGUACAGAUAGACUUAAUAAACAUCUCUCUGGAAGGAAUUGCUAUUUUGAACAUACCUAGCAUGCAUGGAGGAUCCAACCUUUGGGGAGAGUCAAAGAAAAGACGAAGCCAUCGCCGGAUAGAGAAAAAAGGGUCUGACAAAAGGACCACGCUCACAGAUGCCAAAGAGUUAAAAUUUGCAAGUCAAGAUCUGAGUGAUCAGCUGCUGGAGGUCGUUGGCUUAGAAGGGGCCAUGGAGAUGGGGCAAAUAUACACAGGACUGAAAAGUGCUGGAAGACGGCUGGCUCAAUGCUCCUCUGUAGUAGUCAGGACUAGCAAGUCUCUGCCAAUGCAGAUUGAUGGUGAACCAUGGAUGCAGACCCCAUGCACAAUAAAAAUUACACACAAGAACCAAGCUCCAAUGCUGAUGGGCCCUCCUCCAAAAACUGGGUUGUUCUGCUCCUUCGUCAAAAGAACAAGAAACCGAAGCAAGGAGUAAUUCUGUAUCAUUUCAUUCUUAGAGAUCUAAUUAGCAUAAUUGGGCCAUGAAACACUUAUGCUGGAAAUCUUUGAAUCAUUUCAAGUCUCCUGCUCAUGUAAAUCAUAGAAUUGGUUUAACAGUUUCUGUUACUAAGUUAAUUGAAAAUUCAUCUAUUAGAAAAUUUAUUGUCAGUUUUUAUAGGCAUCUUUGCAUGAAGAGAGCAGAAGUUUACAUGAAGUGAUACUGCAUAUUUUUGUUGCAUGCAUUCCCAUUGAUUUUUAUGUCUCCCACCCAUUUCUCCCUCAAUUUCUGUUUCUUAACUUGUGAAACAUAAAAAAGGAAAUACCACGGCAAUGUGAUUCUCAGUGUGAUUCCAUUAUCAAUAAGCACUAAUCAGUAAUCACAGAUUGCUGUGCUUUUUCCUUUUAGAAUCAGUGUAUCAAUAGUCUUUGACCUAUGACUUGAGGAGAAACUUUUCUUUGAAAGAAUUUAUUAAAUAGUUGUAUAUGGUACCUUGCU